UGUCCUUUCUUCUGACGUGGAUUCUUUCAAUUUGUUUCCCUCUUAUGUAUUGUUCCUUUCACGCUUCUCUGUCCUCAUAUGUCCUUCCCUCUCUCAGAUCCCCCACUUUAUGUAUUUUCUCAUCUUCAUCAACAACCCAUCUCUCUCAGUCUCUCUCUCUCUCUCUUGCAUGCAUUUUCAUAAAACUGACUAGAUUUGAGAAUCAUUAGCAAGUUCCCUUUUUCUUUUCUUUUUUUGUAUCUUCAAAUUUGUUAGUUGGUUUGACCUUCAUGGUGUCAUGAAAAAUGCCCUACUAUUGUACAAGUCCGUAAUGGCACUACAUUACUCACACCUCCUUUGCUUGAUCACAUUAAUUUUGAUACUACCCAACUCUCUUUCUCCAGUUUCUUGCCUUAAUCGGCUUGGGCCACUAAAUUCUCCCAAGGUGGGUUUGUAUGUUGAAGGAAAAGGAAGGCUUGGUUCAACACCACCGAGUUGUCACAACAAGUGCAACCAGUGCCACCCUUGUAUGGCGGUUCAACUGCCAACUCUACCGAGUCCGACCGGGUUUAACCAAGACCCAGUUAUUUCUUACGGUGGUGAUGGUGAUGGUGGUGGUGGGCGUUACUCCAAUUACAAGCCUCUUGGUUGGAAAUGUAGCUGCCGCGACCACUUCUACAACCCUUAGAAAAAUUCUCCUUAAUUUCAUCUUUAUUUUUUAUUAGUUUUCUUUAAUUAUUGGUUAAUAGGGUUUUGGGAUUCUUUAGGGAUGUUGUUACAUGUUGAUUUGUGUCAGCAUUGAUCAGUACACGCAGAGAAAUCUUAUACAGUGUGGUGGAUUUGUAUUUUUAUAAGCAUACUCUCUUCACGGUUUGUAGAUUCUUAUUCCUUGUUUUUCUUAUCUUAUCGAGAUGGCAGGGACACAAAUCACACGAUCUCUCAUAUCUUGCGCUUACUUGUAUCAAUCUCUACUAAAUUGACCAAAAUCGCUCCAGGCCGGAGUGAUAGGGUAAUUCUGAUACAGAGCAGUAUUCGAGA